UUUUCCUCCGCCCCCCGCCGCCACUGUCUCCAUCUCUCCAUCUCUGCGCUGCUGCCGGCUGCGCAAUCUGCGCACCCAGCUCCGGUGCUAGCCAGGGACCCCGACUCCAGACUCCAGCUGCACGGAUCCUGUCCCAGCGAGAUCGCAGGCAUGUCAUCUGAAAAGUCAGGCCUCCCCGACUCAGUCCCUCACACCUCCCCACCACCCUACAAUGCCCCCCAGCCUCCGGCUGAACCUCCCGCCCCGCCCCCACAGGCAGCCCCUUCCUCGCACCAUCACCAUCAUCACCACUACCACCAGUCCGGCACCGCCACGCUCCCGCGCUUAGGGGCAGGGGGCCUGGCUUCCGGGGCCACCGCUCAGCGUGGUCCCUCGUCCUCUGCCACAUUGCCGAGGCCCCCACACCAUGCUCCGCCCGGCCCCGCCGCCGGGGCGCCCCCACCCGGCUGCGCCACCUUGCCCCGCAUGCCACCCGACCCUUACCUGCAGGAGACUCGCUUUGAGGGCCCACUGCCCCCGCCGCCGCCCGCCGCCGCCGCCCCGCCCCCGCCGGCGCCCUCUCAUACUGCCCAGGCCCCGGGCUUCGUGGUGCCCACGCACACGGGAGCGGUGGGCACGCUGCCGCUGGGGGGCUACGUAGCCCCCGGCUACCCCUUGCAGCUGCAGCCUUGCACUGCCUACGUGCCAGUCUACCCGGUGGGCACGCCCUAUGCAGGCGGGACCCCGGGGGGAACGGGAGUAACCUCCACGCUCCCCCCGCCGCCCCAGGGCCCAGGGCUGGCCCUGCUGGAGCCCAGGCGCCCGCCUCACGACUACAUGCCCAUCGCAGUGCUGACCACCAUCUGCUGCUUCUGGCCCACGGGCAUCAUUGCCAUCUUCAAGGCAGUGCAGGUGCGCACGGCCUUGGCCCGCGGAGACAUGGUGUCAGCCGAGAUCGCUUCCCGAGAGGCCCGGAACUUCUCCUUCAUCUCCCUGGCGGUGGGCAUAGCAGCCAUGGUGCUCUGUACCAUCCUCACGGUAGUCAUCAUCAUUGCUGCGCAGCACCACGAGAACUACUGGGAUCCGUAAGGACACCCCUGGCCCAGCCCCACCCUGCGCCCCUCGACCGCCCAAGCGCGUUUUGCUGUCAAGCCGGGGAUCCAAUGGGGCGCCCGACACAUCCGCUUCUGGGACCACCGGACUUCGUUACAUCCUAAACUAGGCCUCCACGGAAACUCUCGCCUUGCGAGCACGCUCCGAAUCCAGUUCCUCAGGAACCCUGCCAAAACCCACACUAAUAGGGCCUCCACUUCCCGGGAAUCCCCGCCAAAAGCCGGGCCCUCAGUCGCUCCAGGCCCACACCCCCUCUAAAUGCAGCGCCCCCACCCGAGCUCCCUCGGCCACUGCUCCCCCAGCCUGGAGAUGGGUCCCUAAAGCCCUGUCUCCUCUAUAGUCUCCGCCCCGGCUCUGACAAAACCCCGCCUCCAGGUCGGCAGGCUCCGCCUUCUUUUCUUCCCUGCGGGGUGAUUCAGUCCGGUGAUUGGGUUUGUGGCGCCAGGUCUUGCCUCCAUACCGAUAGACUCCUCCCCUUCUUCUGGCUCAAGAGCCGAGCCUCAGCGUAGUCACGCCCCCACGCUCACUCCGGUUUUUUGAGUACAGUUCCGUCUCUCUUCCACCCCAUCCCUGCCUAUUUUCUUGCUAAUCUCAGAGCUUCUACCUACAUUUGAUUUUUUGGGGAAUGAGAUUUGGGAGGUUCGCAGUUUAGGAACCUUCACCCUGAGAUGAAGAGGACAUCCCCUUCUCUGUAAAUACUCCCUUUCUCCGAUCCCAACUCCUGGGCAGCUGGGCAGGAGGGAACCCAGGGUACAAACCUCCCAAGGUCGGGAGGAAGCCGGCCGCUCCCAACUCCCCUCGGUAGUUCCCUCCUUGUUCUGAUCUGUGUGUGAGUGUGUGUGUGUGAAUUUCUGAAAGACAAUAUUAAAUAGACUACGUGGAUUUGUCAUCCGCAAUUCCAGAGACUGCAGCCUUACAAAGGCCCUGCUCUUUUGGUUUCCCUUUUCACCUCCCCUCAUUUACUCGUCCGGGGGCAGGGAGGCAAAGAAAACUGACAGAAACAAAAGUGAGAAGAGAGAGAUUCCCAGGAUACCAGAGAGACCCGCACAAAUAUGGGAGGGGGGCUCUCUGGGGAUCCUACUGGGGAUCCAUCCAUCUAACCGAGCACGCCUUUUCCACUCCCUACCAGACUGGGCUUAGGGCUUUGCAGAGGAAGCAUUUACAAACAGACCUGGGGCUUUAACCCCCAAACUCCAGGAAGUCGGGAAGAAGAAGGUAGACUAUAUUGAAAAAGUUGGCAGGAAUAGGGUGGCAGGGCCAGGCAGAAGAUGCCAACUGGCCACAGCUGUUCCUGCUUACAGGCUGGAGGGUGACAGACAGCUUGGAUUAGAGCCCUGCUUGGUGUGUUGUACCAGGCAGGCAAAGGGGACAAAGAGCCACUGGGAGUCUGUUUCAGUCCAUUCAGGCUGCUCUAACAAAAAUACCACCACUGAGUGGCUUAGAAAGAACAGAAAUUGACUCAAAGUCUGAGAUCCGGGUGCCCAUUCUGUCAAGUGUGAACCCUCUUCUGGAUUCUAGAUUUCCUCAUUUGGCAGAAGGGGCUAGGGAGCUCUGUGGGGUCUCUCUCAUAAGAGUACUAAUCCCCUUCAAGAGGGCUCUACUCUCAAGACAGAAGUACCUCCCAAAGGCCCAGUCUCCUAAUACCAUUGUGUCGCACAUCAGGAUUUCAACAUAUGAAUUGGGAUGGGAGGGAAACAAAAAUGGUCUGACCACAGCAGAGCACCAGGAAGGAGGUCAAUAAAUCUAUCUGGGGCUAGUGGCCCUCUCCUAACCUGAGGUCAACCGGGAGACCUCUUGGGGAGAGGGAGGUGGCACAAGCAGAGGACUUGGUAUCUUCAGUUGUACACCUGCAGGAUAGAGUCCUAUCCUGAAUUCCAAGCAGGAUGCUGGUGAGACAUCUUCCCAAUGGCAGGUGUGAACAGUGAAAUCAUGAAGUUUAUAACCUAGAAAGAAAACCAUGCACUGAGAUCGGAAGGAGACGUGGGAUGAGGAUGGGUUGGAGUAUGGAAGUCCUGGGUUCUCCUUUGGACGUUUCGGGUUGAAUGUACCUUCCUUACCAAACUUCUCGAAAAAAAAGAACUUACAUUUGCAGCUUGCGCUUCCUCACCCCCUACUCACUUUCCCCCUUUUAAAUAGGGUCUAUUGUUGUCAGAAAUGUCUUUCUUCCAUACCCAGUGCUUCUUCACCUUUGGAAAUGCUCCCUUUCCCUACUCUACUGAAACGAUUCUUUCAAUAAGUACACAAUGACCAAAAGUUACCAGGAAUAAAAUCAAUGGCGUUUCACAGUA